AUGGAGCAGGAGGAUGGGAUCCUCUGGGAGGACAAGUAUCCAGACAUGUACAGAAGGGCAUUUGUGUUCCUUAAAGAGUCAAAUGAUUUAUUUGUGACCCUGAUCACACAGCUAAACAAGCCAUACAAGGCCUUCACGUGUCUGAGAAUUCACACUGACCCGACCUUGACUGCAGCCUCUUCUCUUAUUCCACAAAGACAAGUUAAUGAGAUCCUCCCCUUCAAGGGAGAGCCUGGAGCACACAGUGUACCUGCAGGACUCUGUGUGACCUGGGAGUCCGCCUCAGGGAUCGCAGAGCUCUGGGCGAUGGGAAGGAAGCCCAUGGUGAGGAGGGUCACAAGGAAGGGAUACUCUCUGGGGACAGGGACAAACAUCACUGGGCAGGAGCAGGAUUUGGUGGGAGACAUGAGAGAGGUGAACAUGUGAGACUUUGUGCUGUCGACAGAUGAGACUGGCACUAUCUCUGCUGGUGGGACUCUAACCGGACAAACAACAGUGCAGAAGAAAUCCAAAAUCGUUACUAUAGAGAAAUGUGUGACUCAAAUGACAGAUACAGGGCUGUUCCUGUCCCUGGAUGUGAAAGAAGCCCCAGUGAAAGAGAUGGGACAGUAUGGGGUGUGGGAGUAG